GGAGGAGUUAUAGAGAUGGUUACGGGCAGGACCUCCUGUUGUCUUCUGUGGUCUCUGUCUUCAUCUGAACCUGCUUCAGUAGAACUCCAGCAUCGCAUGCAGGGGGUGAGACAGAUACUGAGAAGUUUCAGCAUCCUCCUCUCAGACACUUCAUCUGUUAUGUUUGUCAAUACCAUAACAGAACUACAGCAAAAAAAGUCUUCAAACUUCACACGUGUUGAAGGUGAUGUUGUGUCUGAGAGAUGAAGUCCUGCAGGGUUCCUCACCUCCUCCUGCUUUUCCUCAUCCUCACCUUCAUCACAGUUCCUGUAUCAGGUGUCACUGUAAAGGUGGAGUUUAACCAGACUGCUGCUCUGCCCUGUGAACAGACAUGUUCUGAUGAGGCCACAUGGUCUCUGUCCACUGACUCAGAUUAUGUAGUGGCUCGGUGUGGUCAGACAUCCUGUAGGUCAGCAGAGGGAUUUAAAAUGUCCCAUGGUCAGUAUCUAAAGGGAGAUCUCACCCUCACCAUCACUGCAGUUGAUUACAGUAAGAGGAACAUGUACACGUGUCAUUGUGAUGGAAGAGACGUUAAUGAUGUGCUUCUCCUCAUCGAGUCCAUCACAUCAUCAGUUCAGAUAAAUCCUGGUGAAGAUCUGCAGCUGGAUUUGCACGUAUCAGACCAGGUGGAGGUGAUCUGUACGGGUGAAAACUCCUCUUCACAUGGUGUACAGAUCUGCAGAGUGGAUGGAGGUUCCCUAAACUGUACAGAUGAAUACACACCGAGAACAUCACUCACUAACACACUCCUUACACUGAGAGGAGUAAAGUCCACUGAUGAGGGAGUUUACAUCGUCAGAGACACGGAGAUUAACGAGAACCUUCAUAUUUACUCAGUUUCAGUGAAAGAUCAGAACGCACAGCAGAAGAAUAUACCAGUGUGGGUGAUUGGCUUGAUAGUGACAGUGGUGCUGUUGGUGCUGGUGGUGGUGGUGGUGCUGGUGGUGUUGCUGGUGAUCAGGUUUCUGUGUGUGAAAAACCAGCGCAUGAAGGAAGAAAUUGAGCUCAACGAACGUCCCCCUAUCAUUUCAGGAGAGGGAGAGAAUACACGAAACUACUGAACGGUGGAAUAAAGGGAUGAGAGCAGAAAGGAGAGGCUGGGACACAAGAAUGACCGACUCAGACACCAGAGAGAUGAAAUCUCAUUACGUGGUUUUUUUGUUUUUUUUUAAACUCCUGGAAUCCACACAAAGUUUGAUAAAUGAGGCUCCAGAUCCUUUGAAUUAAUUUUCACAACACCAAAAACAUCAAUACUUAGUGAUAUUUCUUUAUUACUGGAUCAUUUCUUACAGAACACACACCUCACAGUUGUUUUAGGAAGAUUAGCAUUCAUUAUGACUCUCAACACCUUUUAUUUCAUUCUGUCUCAGUUUUGGAGAAAGAAAUGGUGUAAUAAUGUAAAUACAGUGCCUUGCAAAAGUAUUCACCCCCCCCGGCAUUUUUCAUGUUUUGUUACAUUAUAACCU